CGCCGAGUGAAGACGCAACCUUGCAGCGGCUCCAAAACAGCUCACCCACGUGUAAUUUGAAUAAGAAAAAUUUGUGAGGAACACGCGGCAACACGAGUGAAAGAGCGAGAACUAUGGAAUCUGGAAGGGGGAAGCGGCCGCGCCCUGCUAAAACGCCAACCAGCCCUCUUUCUUCUGAGGCGGCAAUUUUACCGGCUAUUCAGCUUAUGUUGAAUGAACAGUCAACUAAAUUUGAAAAUCGUUUUUCGGUUUUGGAAAACAAAAUUUUGAAAGAAAUUAAGCUGAUACGUGAACAAUGCGCUGAGGUGGUUGCCACCGUUGAACAUCAUUCCAUAGAGCUGAAGGAAAUGAAACAGGAAAUGGAAAAGCUAAAAGAAGAAAUGGCUAUCGCCGAAAAAGAAAAUAAGGAGGAGCUCGACAAAAUGGAAACCUAUGUAGCAAGAGAGAACUUGGUAUUCCUUAAUGUACCGGUGCCUGAAAAGGUAACAAGAGAAGGAGGAAAGGAAAAUGUGGAAGAAACAAUGAAAGAGUUUAUGAUGAAUAAACUACAGUUCACAGAGCAGGAGGUGGAAGGUAUCGAGUACCAACGUAUACACCGUGUCCAAGCCGGAACGUCACCAAGGCCAAUCAAAGUAAGAUAUCUACGUUAUGCGGAUAAGGUGUCUAUUCAGCAGAGGGCGAAUCUCUUGAAAAAUACGAGGAUGUAUAUAACGGAUGAUCUAUCUCGGAGGGUGAGAAUGGAAAGGAGGAGCCAGGUCGAGGCGUUAAAGGCAGCGAGAGGAGCGGGGAAACUCGCCUAUUUUUCGAGGGCUGAGCCGACGAAGUUGAUAGUUGACCACGUUUGGAUUCCGAAGAAAGACCAACCGAGAUUCAUCGAAAAGCUAGGAAGGAGGGUGGAGAUAGGGAAGGAUCAGGUAGUCCAACGGAGAGGAAUACCCAUGGUGGUCGAUCAAGGAGCACGCGGAAAUGAUGUGAUUGAAGCAGCAAACCAGUAAUUAUUUUUUAGUUGUCCUUGCUGUAAUAACGAGGGGAGCGUGAAAGGAAAAUUAGAUUAUGCAGAAAAAAAGCGAUUAAAAAUAUUCAAAUUCAAGAGGAAAAUCCUGUGAAAUUAUCUUCAACUCCAUCAGAUUAUUUGGUCUCCUGAAGCACUUGGGAAAUACAUCGUUGGAAAUAAACUGUGAAGACGGAGAUGCUGAAACAUUGUAAGUGAAGUUUGUUUAUUUCGACACACAGUAUCAAAAGGAAACUUGCUUCAAGAUGCGAGAUAUAAAUUUUAUUUGAGAGUAUAAUAGACAUUUAUUCAUAUCUGUUUGAGUAUUGGUCAGGAUGGUUAGAAUGGAAUUAGAUAACAUGGAUAAUGAGACCAAAUGUUUAAAACUUUUUGGGGGGUCAGUAUGGUGGACACAGAAAAGAAACUUAUUUAAUAAGAAAGUUAAAAGAGUUUCUGGGAAAUUGCCAGAGAAAGAAAGGGCUUGGAAACGUAGAUAGAAAGAACGAUUUAUUUGCAAAGUCUAUUUAGGUAAAUCUAGGAAAAAGGGAGAUUUGAUUUUAGAUAUGAUAUCCUUUAUUAAUGAAACUGAUGUGUAUAGGCAAUGGAGGUCCUGGUAAACUGUAGCAACAUCCCAAAAAAAGAGUAAAAAGGAUUGUACAGAAAGGGAAGUGCUGUUUGAUAGCUGUACAAUAUUUUUUUUUUCAUUUGCUUGCUAAGUAUACAGUACUUAAGUCAUUUGUUUUUAUUGUGAGAUACAUGUUUUUCAUAUCGUUGGGCAAUUUGUUUUAAAAUCCCAAAGAGAAAUUUAGGGCGCCCCUUUGCUUGGUUCAGGCAAGGAUUACUGAAAUGGAUAAUUUUAGUGUUUUAGUAGAAAUUAUACUUUUCAGAGAAAAAUUGCACAUUUUGGAGGGUAACUAGUAUCAGAAGAUAUUACUUUGUCUCUUUAGAAAUGGAUGUGUUCAUUGCAAUAUUGGGUAUCAUUUUGAAUAUACAUAUAACCUCCGCUUGUAUGUUGUUGUUCAUCCUUGCUUGAACAAAUAAAAACCAAAAUGAAGAAUAAAAUUGUCAAUAGGCCUAUUUCGCUAUCGGGUUAGAAGUCUGUUGUAUGCAACGAAGUUUUGUUUAAAGGGCGAAAUGGCGAAUGUUUCAGGUAUUGAAUGAACAUCGCAUGCAUUAUAGUGACUUGCGGUAGGGAGUGGCCCAUGAUUGCACAUCCUUUUCAUCCUUGUAUUAUCUGAGUAGACUAUAGUGAAUUGAUAUAAAUGAGCAACUCUUAUGACAUUUUUAUGCUUAUUUUCAAAGCCAGUAGAAUAGAAGGGCAUAUAUUUUGAGAGUAUUUGUAAAAAGAAAUCACACAGUCCGGCCAUUUUUUGUAUCAGGCAUAUAGUGGCAGUUAAAAAUAAGAGAGAGAAGUUUGAAAAAUGUUGCAAAUCCUCAAGAAUAGCAAAUUUUCUUGUUGUAAAUGUAAACCUAUUAUGUUUGUUGAAUAGUUGCAAGUGCCUAUUUGGUUAGAUUUCAAAAUCAAAAGGAAUAACAGUGUAUCCUUUUCCCCAAUCAAUGCAAUGAUGAAUUUGGAACAUCUGAAUGGGGGAUAUCCUGAAAUAUCUUUCCCAAGAAAUGCAAAGUUUAUUCUUUUAAAGAACGGAUUAUUUUGAACGUAAAGCAUCGUAUUGAUUGUUAGAAGUAUUUAAUGUUAGAUAAGCAUUUCUUUCUUCAUAAGGCCUAUAGAAUUGGAGUGCCUAUUUAUACAGGAUCAACACUAUUAAUAUUGCUUGUCCCGGGGAAUGUUGCUCAUAUUCAAGGAGGGAUAAUACUAAGUUUUUGUUUAUAAGUAGAACCAUAAGAUGGAAUUUGGAGAGUUCGAGGCAUUGAUUGGGUACAAAACAUUGCAUUAACUUGACUAAAAUUAUUGUAUGGUGAGUUGCGCAUGAUCGCUUCUCGUUUCAUCCUCUAUGAAUUACCAAAGUGAUACUAUAUAGAAACAAAUAACACCUUGAAUUUUCAAUGCGUUAUUACAUCCAGUAGGUGAAAAGAAAUAACUCUUGAGAGUAUCUUACAAAAAAUAAGCAGU